GUCCCACACCUGAAGCCAGAAGCUAUGGAAAAUGACUCCUCCGUGACAGAAUUCAUCCUUAUGGGACUAACAGACCAACCUGAGCUGCAGCUGCCCCUGUUUUUCCUGUUCUUGGUGAACUAUGCUGUCACUGUGGUGGGAAACUUAAGCUUAAUGAAUUUAAUUUUCCUGAAUUCACACCUUCACACCCCCAUGUACUUUUUCCUCUUCAAUCUGUCCUUCAUUGACUUCUGUUAUUCAUUUGUCUUCACCCCCAAAAUGCUGAUGAGCUUUGUUUCAGAGAGGAACAUCAUCUCCUUUGCAGGAUGCAUGACUCAGUUAUUUUUCUACUGCUUUUUUGUGAACUCAGAGUGCUAUGUGCUGACAGCCAUGGCCUAUGAUCGCUAUGUGGCCAUCUGUCAGCCUCUGCUGUACAGGGUGGUCAUGUCCCCUAGAGUCUGUUCUCUGCUGAUGUUGGGUUCUUACUUGAUGGGGUUUGCUGGUGCCAUGGUGCACACAGGGUGCAUGAUCAGGCUCAGCUUUUGUGACUACAACCUCAUUAACCAUUAUAUGUGUGACAUUGUCCCACUGCUCCAGCUCUCCUGCAGCAGCACAUAUGCCAAUGAACUUGCAAAAUCUGUUGUCGUGGGGACAGUUAUCAUUGUAUCUAGCCUCAUUAUCUUCAUCUCCUAUGCUUUGAUUCUUUACAAUAUCAUUCAUAUGUCUUCAGCUAAGGGUUGGUCCAAAGCCAUGAGCACCUGUGGUUCUCACAUAGUAGCUGUUGGCCUGUUCUAUGGAUCUGGGCUGCUCACUCAUGUCAAGCCAUCAUCUUCUGGGUCUGUGGACCAGGGGAAAUAUUUCUCACUUAUUUACACUUUUGUGGUGCCAGCGCUGAACCCUCUCAUUUACAGCCUCAGGAACAAGGAUGUCAAAGUUGCUCUGAAGAGAACCCUGAAGAGAGUCACAAACUGA